UUCCCAAGUAGGUGUGGUGCGCUAAACCAAUUGUUUUCAGUGUGAAUUUUUAGACGAUUCUUUUUUUUCUUUUCACAAAACUUGGGUGCCUAAGUGUACAUACACGAAGUGAUAGCUACGGGUGGAACAAGUCGUGCAUAACGCGCCAAAAAAUGUGACAACAACUUAGCAAGCGUAAUAGCAAACUAAUAGCGAACUAAAUUCAUUUUCGUUUCUGUGCAAACUGUUUUGUGUUUUUUUUUUUUUGUUUUUGUUCGCUGACACUCAAGCGGCACUUGCCACUUGUUGCAUGACCGCACACGAUAAGUUGGAUAAGCUUAUCUAACAAACCAGUUAUUUAUUUCUCGUCGUCAAAUUUUCCGCCGCUCUGCGUACAACCACAACAACACAAACAAGCAACUGCAACAACACACAUGCGAGAGCGUAAUCGCUUAUGUAUUUGACAGUAAUUUGCUCGCGUGCGAUUUCUCCAAACGCCGAAACGAGGCGCCCGACCCGGCCCACACCAGCAAAGACCUUGCUGCUGCCGUCUAGCGCACAGUUUGUUCUUCGCCAGAGUUAUUGACCCUUGCCAAACGAGAUUUUUCGCAUUCUACAACAAACGUUUUACGGUUUUUCCUUAAGUGCGCGCAAACUUUUCGUAAGUACUCGUUUCGUGCGACGUUGUACGUGUCGGCAGGGUUUGAAAUGGAACGCGAUGAUUACGCUUUGAAUCUCGUCGAAAAGAAUAACCGGCAUGGCGGCGCUGGUGGCGGCGUGGUCAUUGUGCCCGCUGGCGGCAGCGGCCCACAGAGCAGCGGUGUGACGAGCAGCGUUGUGCCGGUGAGCAUUCUAAAGCCACAAAUCGUUCCAGCCCAACCGAAGACGCUGCAGCACUUGCCGAAACGUCCAGCGGUGGAUCUGGGCUUCCACGAUCUCACAUAUCGCGUCAAGGAGGGCAAUCGCAGCAAUGCCAAGACUAUACUCAAAGGCGUCAGUGGUCGCUUGCGCUCCGGCGAGCUUACAGCUAUUAUGGGACCGUCCGGUGCUGGCAAAAGUACAUUGCUCAACAUACUCUCCGGCUACAAAACGACAAAUAUCGAAGGUGUCGUCACGAUGAAUGGACGCGAACGUAAUCUGAGCGUUUUCCGUAAAUUAUCCGCUUACAUAAUGCAGGAUAAUCAAUUGCAUGGCAAUUUAACCGUCCAGGAGGCGAUGACUGUGGCCACCAACUUGAAGCUGAGCAGGAAAUUCUCGAAGGCGGAAAAGAACUCUAUGAUCGACGACAUCUUACUCACACUCAGCUUGAGCGAACAUCGCAACACACUCACACGAAAUUUGUCUGGUGGACAGAAGAAACGGCUGUCCAUUGCACUAGAGCUCGUCAGCAAUCCGCCGAUUAUGUUCUUCGAUGAGCCCACAUCCGGUCUGGACAGCUCAACUUGCUUCCAAUGCAUACAUUUGCUCAAAAUGUUGGCGGCUGGUGGUCGCACCAUCAUUUGCACCAUUCACCAGCCGUCGGCACGUCUUUUCGAGAUGUUCGAUCAGCUGUACACGCUAGCCGACGGUCAGUGUGUUUAUCAAGGCAGCACGAAACAGCUGGUGCCGUUCCUCUCAACACUGAGUUUGGAAUGUCCCAGCUAUCACAAUCCGGCGAGUUAUGUGAUUGAGGUCGCUUGCGGUGAACAUGGUGAUCACACACGUAAAUUGGUGGAUGCAAUCGAUAACGGUAAAAAGGAUAUACGCACCGCUGCCGAUUAUGAGGGUUUGAAGAUGCGCAACGAUUUGGUGAAGGUGCAUAAUUUGAAGGCGAUAUUGGAUAAGAAUGCAACAAAUGCAAAUAACGGUAAAUACGAGGAGAAUUUAACGCUCAAUAAUGGCAUAUUGAAUGGCAAUCUGGUGAAUGACAUUGUGAAGAGUUCGAAUGUGUCGGCAGCCGGUGCUAGCGCUGCGCCUGUGGUGAGCACGAAUGACAAGGGUGAUGCGAUGAUCGAUGUGGAGAAGGCGGAUAACUGCACGACGGCUUUGUUGAGCGAGGAGAUCACUUCGCCCGAACGCUAUCCUACGUCGCAGUUCCAUCAGUUCUGGGUGGUGUUGCGUCGCACAUUGCUCUUCAGUUAUCGCGAUUGGACCCUUAUGUACUUGCGUUUAUUUGCUCAUCUGUUGGUUGGCUUCCUCAUCGGCGCUCUUUACUAUGACAUCGGCAAUGACGGCGCUAAGGUGCUGAGUAAUCUGGGCUUCCUCUUCUUCAACAUGCUGUUCUUGAUGUACACGUCCAUGACCAUAACGAUCCUGUCAUUCCCUCUGGAGAUGCCGGUGCUGCUCAAAGAAAACUUUAAUCGCUGGUACUCGCUCAAGUCUUACUAUCUAGCCAUCUCUGUCGCCGAUCUGCCAUUCCAAGCAAUAUUCUGCGUUGUCUAUGUGAGUUUGGUCUACUAUUUCACCUCGCAACCGUGGGAGCUCUUCCGCUUCGGUAUGUUCUUGGCCGCUUGCCUCAUGAUCGCCUUCGUCGCACAGUCCGUGGGUCUCGUAGUCGGCGCGGCAAUGAAUGUGCAGAACGGUGUGUUCUUAGCGCCCGUCAUGUCUGUGCCCUUCUUGCUCUUCUCCGGCUUCUUCGUGUCCUUCGAUGCGAUACCCAUAUAUCUACGCUGGAUCACAUAUCUCUCUUACAUCCGCUACGGUUUCGAGGGCACCGCUUUGGCCACCUACGGCUAUGGUCGUGAGAAACUCAAGUGCUUCCAGACCUACUGUCACUUCAAGUCACCGCUCACCACACUCGAGGAGCUCGAUAUGGUCGACGCUAACUUCACACUCGAUAUUGUUGCGCUCAUUGUGAUCUUCGUGGUGUUGCGAGUUUCCGCCUAUCUCUUCUUGCGCUGGAAGCUGAAGACCACGCGAUAAAAUACGAGCUUUACUCUUAAUUACUUUCUAUUUUCUUCGAUUUUGUUGUGGUUUCUUAUGCUUGGCGUUCGUUGUAAGUGUACGAAAGUCAUGACAGGAUCAUUCUAUACUAUGCACACUGUUUUUUUGUAGUAACGGUAACGUGGUUACUUUGUUUAAAUUGAAUGAAAGUGAUAAUAGACACGUAUGUGAACGAAAAGUGAUUUCAUAUUGUUAUAUGUACAAUACAAUUAAAUGAGCAUAAAUUAGGUUAAAGCUUUUCAAGUUGUGUGUAGUAGCGGUGGGUUAGCGGUUCUUUCAAGACACAAAGCUCAAGCGUUAAUACAUACCAACACACAUACGCGCAUAAUACGUUGCAUGGUCUGCGUGCAACCACAAUUUCAAUACGCCAAUUUUUCAAUUAUUUUAAAGCGAAAUGAUGAACAAUUUUUUUUUUAGUUCUUAAACACACAUAUAUCACUAGUAUAAGCAUUGUACAUACAUAUAUACAAGUAGAGAGUUAAUAAAACGAUAAAUACGCUGCUAAUCAAUAUUGAAAUGCAACAAAAAUCAAAAAUUUUUGAUAAACAAAAAAAUCAGUUAAAUUUAAUGGCUGCUUUUGUAAGCUGUAUCGAUGUGAAUUUGUUAUGAAAUAACUUUUUGGAGCAAUUUUUAUGUAAAUUUUUUAAAUUUUUACUGUUUACAAACGUAAGACGACAAAUAAUCAAAUUCAUACAAAAUUUAAGAAGCCACAAAAUAUUUAUUCCAAUAAUAUGUAAAAUCGUUGAUAGUGGUACGAGUAAAUAAGUUUCUUUAAAAGUAAAUCGACAGAAUUCUCGCGAAGAUCUGUUGUCGGUUCAUUUACGAAGUAUUCCACUGCGUAUUUUUUUAUAAAUGGUGUUUUUUAUAGACAUAUUUAAUCGUAUAUUAUAAGCAUAUUUAUAGGAAAUAAAGAGCUUUACAAGCAAUUUGAUAUAUGUGGAA